AUGAAUACUAUUAAAUCAUUCUGGGUUGGAUGGGGAUCUCUCUCUGGUGGCGGCGCAUACUACUUUGCAAAGAAAUCGAUCAAUGCCGACCGUCAAGCUAAAUUCGAGGCUGGCCAGAAGAAGCGCGCUGAGCAAGAGGCUCUCGAGUACUCGGCGUCGAAAGCAGGAUCGAAUGGAGGACCAGCAAGAGCAGACCCCUCCGGCUCUCCCAGCUCAGAAGCAACGUCAGACCCCGCACCGACACGGCAUGCGCCGGAUACUGAGGCUCAGAGGGUUCGAGAGAAGAGCAAGUACGAGACGAGUGAUCCAUUCCGGGCUAGGAAGGGUGACCGGUUCAGUUGA